GCUGCUCUUCCCCCUCUCCCUCCUUCCUCGCGCUCCGUCGAUGCCUCCGCAGUUGGUGUACAUCCUGGGGGCGCCGCGGGGCAUGAUGGGAAUAUCCUUCUCGCUAGCAUCAUCCGGCAUGGAGGAGGACCAGGCGUCCGGCGCGGAGCCCGGCGGAAGGAAGGAGAAGCUGUGCGGAGAGUGAAGGGCGAAGGCGGACGAUGGUGUCCCAAGGCCUGCAGCUGCUCCGGCAGGGAGUCUGGGCGGCGCUGACCGGUGGCUGGUACCACGACCCAGAGCAAAGCAAAUUCAACAACAGCUGCCACCUCUAUCUGUGGUUGAUCCUGCUCCUGCUGCCCAUGGCCUUGCAUCUGGCAUUCCCUCCCAGCACCAUCACAGCUUUUGUUUACUGUAGUUCUGUGACAUUCUUGUUCACAGUAAUCAAAGUAGUCAAUUAUCGUCUGCAUCUUAUGUUUGAUAGAGGCGAUGUGAUUCAACAAAAAGUUUCUUGGCAUGAAGGAAAGCAAAAUAAAGAAGCUAAAAGGGAUAAUGCAAUUCGGCACAUUAACCUUGGCAAUAAUGUAGGGGACAGUGGUGCAGUUGAAGAAAUAAAGCGUAAUGGUUCGACACCUACCAUACACAGCAGUAUAAAAGUGCAGGCUAUACUUUCCCAUCAUUCUUCAGGAGUACUGGAGUUGCCUGCACAAGAAACUAUUGAAGAUUUGAAAGGUGUAUUGGUGUUGGAAGACCAGUCUGUCCCACCAGUUUCAUCUACCUCACCUUGUGUAAAAGCAGACAUUUUGUCUGCUUCUAUGGCACUUAUGUCAAACUCUACUACAUCAGCAAUAGUGGCUAAGCCAAAUGCAAUGGAGACAUUUAUCAAUAGUGCAACAAGUGAAAAAGAGGAGAAAGUACAGCCCUGUGGUGUAGUGGAGGAUAUAUCUCUUGAUAAAGGCAUGGUUAAAAAAUUGCCAAAUCUUUCCCUGUCUCAGUAUGACAUUUUAAAAACUGGCAUUUCUUUUGAGCCUUGGAGCUGUGAUAAUUCAGUCAUCAUUUCAGAGCAUUUAAGCAACCCAAAAUGUUUCAUGAGAGAGAAACUACUGAGCACAUCGGCUCAAGACAGUGUUACUACUAGUUGCUUACCAUGCAGUACUGUUGCAGCCAAGAGAAGUGAUGGACCUGUGCGAAGCUCUUCUUAUGUUGAUGGUAUGAAAGGACACCUUGAUAAUUCAGAAAGUGAAGUAGCUUUGGCUCUUGUGGACAAUUCUCUCCCCGGAGAUUCGGUGACUCUACAUGAACCCAUUAAAAUAGUUAUCACUAUGAGUAGCACCCAGAACUCAGCUACAGAUUUAGAAGGUUCACACCACCUGAAAGCAACAGGCACUGAAAAAUCCAGCUCAGAUCCAGAAUCUGGUUUUGUUACAGCAAAUCAGCAUAGCAGCGAACAAAUGAAAAUCCCUGUCAUUACUUUUGAAUUAUCCGAUGAUAAUGGUGGCCAUGCUUAUCAAGAAAUAAGUGAAAGUUUAAGAACGCCAGACAAUUUAAAUGUAGAUGCAUCAUCCAACCAGUGUUCUGGUUAUGAAUCAGGUGAACAAGACAAUGUUGCAAAAGAAUAUAGUGACAGCCUAGCACACAGUCCUAAAGAAGUAAAUACUUCUCCAGAAAAUGCUUCUGAAAAUAUCAACAUCACAAGUUCACAUUCAAAGGAAAGACAGCUGAAUUUGGAUGUACCCUCAUAUAAAGGGACUCAUGAAAAGAGACAUGCUCGUGUGCUCAGUGUGGACAGUGGAACUGAUGUUUUUUUAAGUAAAAAUUCCUCAGAGACAGUGAGUGAUAAAGAGAAACUUUUGCCAACCUCUAAAUCUGACUUGGAAGCUAAAGAAGGACAGAUACCAAAUGAAUCCAAUUUCUUGGAAUUUGUCUCACUGCUGGAAUCUAUCAAUACUUCAAAGGCAACAACUUCUGAUUCAAAAGGAGAGAACACAAAAGACAAGGGUGCGGCUGGAGAUGUCUGUUCAACAGAGAAAAAUGAGGAGUCUCUGGAAACAGAAAAACAUUGUGCAGAAAAGGAAAAUCAUGGUUCUUCUAAGCAGGAUAGGACAGAGAUGCAGAGUCAAGACUCUGCUGCUAUUAAUCCAACAGUCUCAGAGUCCAUGAAGUUCACUGCACAUUAUCAGAGUACCAGGCAAAGGCAGAUAAUUUAUCGAGUGACAUCACAGCAGGACAGUUCUGUUUUGCAAGUUAUAAGUGGGCCAGACGCUUCUCUGCAAGAAGAGAUGUCUGUGGAUGCAAUGCAUGUCUUCAUAGAUGAAAAUGGUGACAUUAGAUCAUGUUACUUAAAGGCUGGCACUCAAAAAGAAGGAAAUAUAGGACCCAACUAUGACUGUAUUUCAAAUGCUCAUGAAACCCAUUUCAGCUCCUCUAGUACAACUACCUCAGAGAGCCAGGCAGAAUCUUCCGGAGACCAUGGCCCAAGCGCAUUGCAACAGCAGCUCUUACUGAUGGUGGCACGGAGAACUCUUUCUGAAACCCAACGGCAUUUCAGUGAAGACCUUGAAGAUUCUUCAUGUUCAUCAACACAAAGAAAAAUAAAUAGACAAUUUUACAAGUUUAUUAUAUUUCCUGGAAAAUGGAUAAAAAUCUGGUAUGAUCGACUUGCAUUGCUGGCACUGCUAGAUAGGACAGAAGAUAUCAAGGAGAAUGUCUUGGCAAUUCUGCUAAUAAUCCUUGUUUCUUUUCUUGGCUUUGUAAUUAUGAACCAAGGAUUUUGUAAAGAUAUUUGGGUCCUCCUGUUCUGUCUUAUUAUGGCAAGCUGUCAAUAUUCUCUUCUAAAGAGUGUUCAGCCAGAUCCUGCCUCACCAAUACAUGGCCACAAUCAGGUGAUAACAUACAGCAGGCCUGUAUAUUUUUGUGUAUUGUGUGGCCUUAUUUUAUUGCUAGAUGCAGGUUCUAAGAACAGAAGUCCACCAAUUUUUACAGUAUAUGGCUUGAAAGUCUUCUCACCUGGAUCAUUUCGAGCAGCUAGAGACCAUGUAAUAGGAUUUUUAUAUUGUUUCCCUGCCAUUUCUCUACUUGGCCUUUUCCCACAAAUCAACACUUUCUGCAUCUAUCUGUUGGAACAAAUAGAUAUGUUGCUAUUUGGUGGUUCUGCUGCUGCUGGGAUGAUAUCUUCACUAUACAGUAUUUCCCGAAGCUUUAUCGUUGUGACAGUUCUUUAUUUAUUCUGCUUCAAUGCAGUAAAGGAACCAUGGGAUGCCCAACACAUUCCUGCCUUGUUCUCUGCUUUCUGUGGCCUUUUAGUUGGACUUUCUUAUCAUCUGAGUAGGCAAAGCAGUGACCCAACUGUCUUAAUGUCUCUCAUUCAGUGUAAAUAUUUUCCACACCUUCUACAUCAACAUUUGGAAGAUGCACAAGAAGAUCCACUUCCAGAGAAGAUGAAAGAAUCAGUGAGGGAGACUUUGAAAUCAGAUCUCAUUGUGUGCUCCGUGGCUGCCGUGCUAUCAUUUGCAGUCAGUGCCAGCACUGUUUUCUUGUCAUUAGGGAGAUUUCUCAGCCUUGUGCUUUUUGCUUCAGCAUGGACAGUGGGAUUUGUAACACACUACAUACUCCCUCAGCUUCGAAAACAUCAUCCAUGGAUGUGGAUUUCCCAUCCUGUCCUUAAAAAUAAAGAAUAUUGCCAAAGGGAAGUGAGAGAUGCUGCUCAUUUAAUGUGGUUUGAAAGACUUUAUGUAUGGCUUCAGUGUUUUGAGAAAUACAUCUUAUAUCCUGCGAUAAUACUGAAUGCCCUCACCAAUGAUGCUUUUUCAAUCAGCAAAUCCAACAGGUUAACUCCACAUUGUGAUAUUUUUUUGAUUACAGUAGCAGGAAUGAAGCUACUACGGUCUUCAUUUUGUAAUCCCAUUCACCAGUUUGUUACAUUAAGUUUUACUGUAAUCUUCUUCAAGUUUGACUGCAACGGCUUCUCCGAAAAUUUCUUGUUCAAUUUCUUCAUGAUGUCAAUUGUCUUUAACAAGCUAUGGGAUCUUCUGCAAAAAUUACAGUUCAUAAUGACCUAUAUAGCUCCUUGGCAAAUUGCUUGGGGAUCUUCAUUCCAUGUCUUUGCUCAGCUCUUUGCAAUACCUCACUCUGCAAUGCUCUUCUUUCAAACACUGGCCACUGCAAUAUUUUCUACUCCGUUGAGCCCAUUUCUAGGGAGUGUCAUUUUUCUUACAUCCUAUGCCAGACCGGUCAAGUUCUGGGAGCGCAAUUACAACACAAAACGAGUGGACCAUUCCAAUACGCGAUUGGUACUUCAAAUAGAAAAAGAUGCAGGAAAUGAUGAUAAUCUCAACUCCAUCUUCUAUGAGCACCUGACAAGAUCUCUGCAGGAGUCUCUUUGUGGAGAUUUAAUUCUUGGACGCUGGGGGAACUACAGCUCUGGAGACUGUUUUAUUCUGACAUCAGAUUAUUUGAAUGCCUUUGUUCACCUGAUUGAAAUAGGAAAUGGUCUUGUCACUUUCCAGCUGAGGGGGCUGGAAUUUCGAGGGACAUACUGCCAGCAACGGGAGGUGGAGGCUAUAACAGAAGGGGAUGAAGACAAUGAAGGUUGCUGCUGCUGCAAACCUGGACACGUACCUCACUUGCUGUCAUGCAAUGCAGCUUUUAACCUUCGAUGGUUGACUUGGGAAAUAAUGCGGACUCAGUAUAUCCUGGAAGGCUAUAGCAUUAUUGACAACAAUGCUGCAACAAUGCUCCAAGUCUUUGACCUGCGAAGAAUUCUCAUCAGAUAUUACAUAAAGAGUAUUAUAUACUUUACUGCAAGCUCACCCAAAAUCCUAUACUGGCUAAGAGAUGAAUCAUUCCAAAAGACACUGCAGCCUUUCUCCAAAUGGCAUUAUAUAGAGCGUGACUUUGCAAUGUUCAAUAUAAAUAUUGACGACGACUACGUUCCCUGCCUUCAAGGAAUCACCAGAGCAAGUUUCUGCAGCGUUUACUUGGACUGGAUUCAGUUCUGUGCUGGAAAACGUGUAGAGUGUAUAGAAUGUGAUGAAGAUUCUCCUUUGGUCACUCUUUCCUUUGCCUUAUGCAUUUUGGGUAGAAGAGCCUUGGGAACAGCAUCGCACAAUAUGGCAAUCAGUUUGGAUUCCUUCCUCCAUGGGCUUCAUGCUUUGUUCAAAGGUGAUUUUCGAAUCACAUCAAGAGAUGAAUGGGUGUUUGCAGAUAUGGAUCUAUUACACAAAGUUGUUGCUCCUGCAAUCAGAAUGUCACUGAAGCUGCAUCAGGACCAGUUUACCUGUCCAGAUGAAUACGAGGAUCCUGCCAUUCUUUAUGAGGCAAUUCAGUCAUUUGAGGAAAAAGUUGUGAUUUGCCAUGAAGGAGACCCUGCCUGGCGCAGUGCCGUUCUCUCAAACAAAGAGGAACUCCUUACUCUGAGGCAUGUAGUGGAAGAAGGGACAGAUGAAUACAAAAUAAUUAUGCUCCACAAAGGUUAUUUGAGCUUCAAAGUGAUUAAGGUUAACAAGGAGUGUGUCAGAGGACUCUGGGCUGGACAGCAGCAGGAACUGAUUUUUUUGCGCAAUCGCAACCCAGAGCGUGGCAGCAUCCAAAACAAUAAACAGGUUUUGAGGAAUCUGAUUAAUUCCUCAUGUGACCAGCCUCUGGGAUAUCCGAUGUAUGUUUCCCCUCUGACCACAUCAUACAUAGGAACCCACAGGCAACUAAAGAAUAUUUGGGGUGGACCAAUAAGCCUGGACAACAUCAAGAUGUGGUUCAGAAAUAAGUGGCUUAGGAUGCGGAAAGACUGCCAUCCAAACCACAACAGUGGAGGAAACCCUGAUGAUGGAGCGAGCAGAAAUGGGUCUGCUUCCAGCUGUAACCCUGCUAAUAAUUCAAGCCAGAGCAGCAGCUCACAACAUACAAGGGACAGCACGCCUCAGCUACAACCCCCUUUACAAGUUGCUCCAUUUCCAGGAAGAAGAAAAUUCAGGAGCCAGUCUGUUCAGACACAUACAGCUUUAAAUCAAAGACCUCCUCGUUCAAGCCAUUCUGGUCCCAUUUUAGAAAGUCACCAUCCCUUCAUCCCGUCUUCCACUUCAGCUCAUGAAAUUGCCCAAGGGCUAUCUGGCAGCCAGCUCUCCUUUCACAAUUCAGCGAACUCUGUGUUCUCCCAUACACCUGCCAUCCCUGCACUGGGUCAACUCACUAUACAGGAGAGAGCUGGCGCUGUGCUCCGCUCUAGUCUGGCAUCUUCCACCAGUUCGACACUCAGCCUCUUGUUUGGCAAGAGAAGUUUUUCCAGUGCUUUGGUCAUUUCUGGGCUCUCAGCUGCUGAUGGAGGGAACACUAGCGAUACACAGUCAUCUAGCAGCGUUAACAUUGCAGUGGGACCCUCGGCCAGAGCAGCAAGGUGCACUGUGCAGGAGACUACACAGCAAAUGUCUGAAGAUUAUGAAGCCACUGAAUCCAAACAGCGAAAGGAUCUAGGGAUGACACAUACACUUCUGAUGAGCCAAAUGUUGGAGUGUAGACGUGCCAGCCAAGAAGACAUGGCGCUGGAAGACACGGCAUCUCAACACAGUCUUUCAGAAGAGCAAUAAAAUCUGCUGGUGCACAGGUUUAUGUUCUGUAUGACUGAAAUCAAAACAAAACUAGGUUAGUCUCUGUAAAAGCUAGUUCAAGUAUGGAAGUCAUUUCAAAUAUAAAAACCUUUAAGAGGAUUUAUUUUUUUAAUUUUUCAUUGAGAAGGCCUGUAGUGAAAAAUACUGCAACAUAGAAAUAUAAUACUCUUCAAUUGGUACUUAGUUCUGUCUGAAAAUACAAUGCAGCUUCAGCUCAGGGUACUGAAAACUGAAGCUGGUUCUGAAUAACAACAACCUGUUAUGACAUUCCUUCCUCCAAAGAAACACUUAUGUUCUCUAGAUAGGGUUUGGGAGACACUGUUGGAAGGGGGAAGGGGAGAGAGGAAACAUAGCCUACUUGGGAAUAGAGGUUGAAAAAAGCAGAAAGUCUGAAUACAGCUCUGUGAAAAAGCACACCGACAUCUGUCUCUUGUGGUAACCAAAUAGAUGAUUGCAUGCUAAAUAAGUAGCAUUUUAUACAUAAUGCACCAGAAAGGAUUGUUUUUAAUUGAAGCAAUGAAUAUGUAAGAGGGGGAGAAACUGCAUACUCUUAAGAUUAGUAUGCAGAAUCUUUUUCUUUCUUUCUUUUUAAAGAAGUCGAAUAGGAAAGCCUCAUUCUUCUGUUUGUGUGAAGUGUUCUGCAGCUGGCAAUUAUGUGCUGCAACAUAUUAAUCCCAAAGGUGGCCCACUGCAUGCAGCCGUAAUGAAAUAGUAUAUGAAAGUACCAGGCGACACAUUGCCUUGAACCAAAUAUAGCCAAUGCAUGAAAAGCCUUCACAAUGCCAAUGGUGCUCUUUAUUUGCAAACAGCGCAGCUUUCUAAAAAAAAAAAAAAGAAGAAGAAUUUUACACAUAACCUUGCACUUUUGUUUGGUUCACAGAAAUUCAUGCCUAUUUCUGAAACCAAGACUUAACUGUAAAGAACUAUAGAACUCUGUCACUCACAAAGACAUAUCAGUUAUUUUUAAUUAAAGACUUUACAUCUA